AUGUCGGACCCCCAGGCGAACGAGGCCGAGAAGAACAUCGAGAUAUGGAAGGUCAAGAAGCUGAUCAAGCGCCUCGAGGCCGCUCGUGGUAACGGCACUUCCAUGAUCUCGCUCAUCAUUCCUCCCAAGGAUCAGAUUUCCCGAGCCGCCAAGAUGUUGGCUGAAGAAUACGGAACUGCGUCAAACAUCAAGUCCAGAGUCAACAGACAGUCCGUGCUUUCAGCCAUUACCUCGACCCAGCAGCGUCUCAAGCUGUACAAUAAGGUCCCUCCCAACGGCUUGGUUGUCUACUGUGGUGAAAUCUUGACCCAGGAAGGCAAGGAGAGAAAGGUCAACAUUGACUUUGAGCCUUUCAAGCCCAUCAACACCUCCCUUUACCUCUGUGACAACAAGUUCCACACAGAGGCUUUGGCCGAGCUUCUCGAGUCGGAUCAGAAGUUUGGUUUCAUCAUUAUGGACGGUAACGGAGCCCUUUUCGGAACCCUUUCCGGAAACACCAGAGAAGUUGUUCACAAGUUCUCUGUCGAUCUUCCCAAGAAGCACGGUCGUGGUGGUCAAUCCGCUCUUCGUUUCGCCCGUCUUCGUGAGGAGAAGCGUCACAACUAUGUCCGCAAGGUUGCCGAGUUGGCCGUCCAGAACUUCAUUACCAAUGACAAGCCCAACGUCGCUGGUCUGAUUUUGGCUGGUUCUGCCGAUUUCAAGACUGAUCUCAACGCCUCCGACCUGUUCGAUAACCGUCUGGCCACCAAGGUCAUCAAGGUUGUUGACGUUUCCUAUGGUGGUGAGAACGGUUUCAACCAGGCUAUCGAGCUUUCUUCCGAGACCCUCGGCAACGUCAAGUUCAUCCAGGAGAAGAAGCUCAUCGGAAAGUACUUCGAGGAGAUCAGCCAGGACACCGGUCGUGUCUGCUACGGUAUUGAGGAUACCCUCAAGGCUCUGGAGUUGGGCGCUGUGGAGGUUCUGAUCGUCUUCGAGAACUUGGAGAUCACCCGCUGGAAGCUCAAGGACAGCCAGGGCACCGAGCACCUGCUGCACACUACAAAGCAGCAGGAAACCGGUGACCGUGCUAUUUUCAUGGACAAGGAGACUGGCCAGGAGAUGGAAGUCGUUACCCAAGAAUCCUUCCUUGAGUGGAUUGCAGAGCACUACAAGGACUUCGGUACCAACCUCGAGUUUGUCUCUGACCGUUCCACCGAGGGCAACCAGUUCGUCAAGGGCUUUGGUGGUAUCGGUGGCAUUCUCCGCUACAAGGUGAACUUCGAGCAGUUGGCUGAGGUUGAUGACGACGAUGACUACUACGACGGUUUGUGA